AUGGAGGCCCCUGUCCCUGACAAUGCCCUCCUGCGCGUUGCCCACAUGGCCCUCGCCUCCACUCUCACAUCCCGCCCCCUCCCCCUACCAGGUGGCCUCGCACAUCGCAGGCAAAGAAGGAGCUUCCUUCAUGAGGGGCCUGCCCUAUGCAUGGAGGCCGACGCUCCUGACGGCAAAGAAGACGUCUCCCUGCUGAGGGACCCACGCAUGGAGGAGGACGAGGCGCCUAACGAUGUCAUCCUGCGCAUCUCCCUCCUGGCCCUCACCUGCACUGCCACGCUCACAGCCACUCGGCCCAGCAUGGCACGCCUGGCGCAUGACCUGGAGGGUAUCCGGGGGGAGGUGGGGGGGGAGGAGGUGAACCGUGCAGCAGUGAGGGUGGAUGAGGUGGUGGGGCAGAGCGAAGGGAGCAAGGGGCAGAUGAGGACGCUGGAUGAGGAGCUGAGGAUUGUUAACGAGUCGCUGGAUGCUCAUGCUCAUGCUGAUGCUGAUGCAACUGAGCUGAGCUAUGAGGGAGACAGGUUGCUAUCGUGA